GGACAAAACAUUUGGAAGAAUCAUACUUCAGGAGGCAAGUGAAAGAAAGGGAGUAAAGGCAGAAUUAUGCCCUCAUCAUCUGGUAUGAAUAUUCUUCCUCGGGGCCCAAGAGGGGAAGUGGAACUUAGAUGAACUGAGAUGACAAUUCAGAGUGAUCAAUAUCCUCAUUGCGGCGAUCGACGGUCGUGGAUUGCUCGGUACACAUGCAGAAGCCUAAAGGGUUGUAAGUAAACAAUACCAGCAAAAACCAUGGAUCUAAGGCUUGUGCGGAAUGAGAAAAAGUUGGAAAUCUGCAAAUACUAUGCAAGAGGUGGCUGGGCAUGCUUACCUGUUCUGUGGGCAGUUAAUUUUGUCUGGUUUUAUGGUGAAGCAUUCAAACAAGCUCCGUAUCAAGAGCAGAAGCAAAUUAAAAGAUAUGUCGUGCUCUCAGGAAUAGGAGCCCUAGUAUGGAUUGUGGCUCUCACAAGCUGGAUAAUCUUGUAUCAAACACAUCGUGUAGCUUGGGGAGAAUGGGGUGAAGCUAUUUCAUUUUUAGUGCCUACAGGCAGUGCUUAGAAAUAAUUUUUUAUCUCUUACUAUUGAAAUGUGUAUAACUGGAUUGAAUUGUUGUCCAAUAAACAGUUUGAUUUUGGUUCCAUUA